AUGGCUCCCCUGGCCGCGGUCGGGGGCGGCCUGGGCGGCCUGGAGGCCCUGGGCCCGCAGCAGGUGGGCGCGCACUUCCUGCUGCCCCCGGCCGGGGAGCGGCCGCCGCUGCUGGGCGCGCGGCGGGGCGCGGGCGCGGGCGCGGCGGAGCGGGGCGCGCGGGGCGCGGGCGCGGCGGAGCUGGCGCACCUGCACGGCGUCCUGCGCCGCCGCCAGCUCUACUGCCGCACCGGCUUCCACCUGCAGAUCCUGCCCGACGGCAGCGUGCGCGGCACGCGGCGCGACCACAGCCUCUUCGGAAUUCUAGAAUUCAUCAGCGUGGCAGUGGGACUGGUCAGUAUUAGAGGCGUGGACAGCGGUCUUUACCUUGGAAUGAAUGACAAAGGAGAACUCUAUGGCUCAGAGACACUGACUUCUGAAUGCAUCUUCAGGGAGCAAUUUGAAGAGAACUGGUAUAAUACGUAUUCGUCCAAUAUAUAUAAACAUGGAGAUACUGGCCGCAGGUACUUUGUGGCACUCAACAAAGAUGGGACUGCAAGAGAUGGUGCCAGAUCCAAAAGACAUCAAAAAUUUACUCAUUUCUUACCAAGACCGGUAGAUCCCGAAAGAGUUCCAGAAUUGUACAAAGACCUACUGAUGUACACUUGA